GUGUAAAGCCCAGGCCUCUCUCUAAUCUUGCUUAGUACUUCAAGAUGAAGAGUUUUAAACUGUUCCUGAGCUUCUGUACUCUCAUCAGGAGCUCAACAACGUCACCAGAUACAGAAGAAUGUUACUCCGAACCCAUGGCAUCAACCAAUCUCAGACUGUGGGUAGAAACAGAAGAUUUCGGAAUCGAGACUCAGACAAUUAAUUUCUUUGAAUUAGAGCUUGCUCUGAUUAGGAAAGAAGGAGGACCAUACUGGUAUCUAGCAGAUGAUGGUUUUCAAGGUGCGUUUUAUUAUGAGUCGGAUGAUUUGGGAGAACCAAGAGUUGGUGCAUAUCUUUAUCCUGACUUCUCAACUGCUGUUCUUGGACUUUGGGAGGAUCAUGUUCUUCUCCAGGGACAAGCUACAAAACUGGUAAAGGCUUGUAGAUCUGGAGAAUCCUGGUCUCUUGAGUUUGGGGAUUUGUCCGGACCUAAUCUUACAUACUCUCCUCCUUCACAUUUCAGUUUGGGAUUGAAUGCAGUGCAGAGUGAUCCCUUUGAGUUGAGUACAGUAGAGGUUCGGAGGAGUAAAAUAGAAGGAGCGGAGAACGGACUUUUUACUACGAGAGAUAUUAUUUCAGGAGAAGUUGUUGCAUUUUAUAGUGGAUAUAUUAUUAAUUGUAAUAUGUACCCUAGAGGAUUGGACAGACGGGUGCUGAGUGCUGAGGAGUCCCUUAUAAGAGAUAUGUAUUACAUAGAACUAGAUAUUGAACGUGAGCAUCAACUUUGCAUUGAUCUACCCUUUGAGCUUGGAAAUGAUAUAAACAGAUAUAAUGCCACACUGGGACACAAGGUUAACCAUAGUUUUAAACUAUCAACAGAAUUCAUGCUGUUCUCAGUUCAUCCUGUUCUAGGAGUAAUCAUGUCCUUAAUAGCAAUCAAGGAUAUACCAGCUAAUCAGGAGCUGACUGUUGACUAUGGGUACGAAACUGAGGAUAAAUCUUUAGUGGCAAAUUGGUUUCUAGAGAUAUGGAACAAAUACGGCAGUGAAGAAAACAAUGAUCUAGAAGAAGAAAACAAUGAACUAAAAGAAGACAACAUCAAUGAUCUAGAAAAAGAUAUAAAUGAUCUAGAAGAAGACACAAAUGAUCUAGUAGAAGAUACAAAUGAUCUGGAAGAUACAAAUGAUCUAGCAGAAGAUAUAAAUGAUCUGGAAGAUACAAAUGAUCUAGCAGAAGAUACAAAUGAUCUGGAAGAUACAAAUGAUCUAGAAGAAGAUACAAAUGAUCUGGAAGAUACAAAUGAUCUAGAAGAAGAUACAAAUUAUCUGGAAGAUACAAAUGAUCUAGAAGAAGAUACAAAUGAUAACAAUCCUGAUUUAUAUCAUGAUGAAUUAUAAAAAUAAAAUAACAAAAAGAU